CACGCUUUUCCACACCUGCAUCUCUCCCCUUACUCUAACUAGAAUCACUCCUAGAUAUAUCACCUGACUGUCAGUCUGGCUCAGCUGUAGCUAACGCGGCUGGGAUCAUUCAUUGACCGUAACGAUCGAGCCAGGUGUUGACUAGUGAAUAAAUCUUGACGCAUCUGCCAGGUUUACGAGUUUGCUGUCGAGAAACUGCACGCUGAAGCUGAAUCAGGCAGUGUCAGCUCGAGUCAGGAGAAAUCCCUAGUCAUUGAUCCGAGGUUUUGGACGUGAGGAUAAGGAGAAUGCGGAGGUGGUUGAUUCAGAUUCCGCUGUCGAACUUGACUCCCGUAAUCCAGGCAUAUGCUGCUGAUCGAUCGUUGUUAGAGGCAAGAGAACACUGACGGUGCAUACCACCAACACUAACACUACCAUCCAGCUGGCACCACCAGCUCCCGAAGGCCGCCAUGAACUACAGAGGACUAGUCAUCGCGUGCUUCUAUGGGGGUAUGUCCGUGGCCAGCGUGUUCAUCAAUAAGGCCAUCUUCCACGUGUACCACUUCAACCACCCGUACACGCUGGUUCUCGGCCAAACAUGCUUCACGCUCGUUCUCUUACUCGUGAUGCGACGCUUCCGGGUCAUCCGCCUGGCCCCGUUUCAAUUCUACGUCUUCCAGCGGGUCUUCCUCCUCUCCUUUGCCUUUCUUCUCAAGCUUCUUCUAGACAUGUCCGCCCUCGCAAGAGUCAACAUCCCCAUGUACGGCGUCCUCAAGUCCUCCACCACGCCCUUCGUCCUCCUCCUAGACUACUUCCUCCGCUCGAAAAAGGCGUCCACUAGAAUUCAGCUAGCCGUCUACCUCACCACUGCAGGCGGAUUUAUUGCAGGCUUAGGUGAUCUAACCUUUGACCUACCGGGGUACAUCCUAGCUCUUUCGUCCGCGUUAGCGACAGCCGCGUACGUCGUUAUAGUGGGGAAGCUCGGCGAGGAGCUACAGCUGGAUUCGUUCACUCUGCUUCUGUACAACAACUUCUGGUCGCUGCCGUUUUCGAUUCUGUUAGUGGCGUGGAACGGCGAGCUGGUGGCGGUUAGGGAGGUGCUCCACCCGAAGACGUUCAUGUUCCUGUUUUACUUCGUGCUGUCGUGCGCGUCCGCGUUCAUUCUCAACCUCGCCACGUACCUCUGCACGCUCGUCAACGACUCGCUCACCACCAGCAUCGUUGGCCGGACCAAGUCCAUCCUGCAAGGCCUUGGUGGGCUCUUCGCGUUCGGAGAUGUGCUGCUGAGUCCCACAAACCUGCUCGGUUUACUGGUGAACUCAUGUGGAAUCGGGUGGUACGCAUAUGAGAAGUUCCUGGAGGCCAAGAGGAAAGCCAUGUAUCUGGGGUCGCCAGCACGGUUAAAGGGCAGCCGCCCCACCACUGACACCAUGACCAUCACCAGAGACGGCUCGCAGGUAUCGCUAAUCUACACUGGCAAAGAAGGAGAUGACAGAGAUUCGAGAAAUGGCCUAGUUUGAGUGUAAGGAGAGAUCUUGUCACAAGCACUAGUUUGCCCAUUCAUGAGGGGAGCAGAUAAUGUUAACAGGCAUACUAAUAGAGCCAAAUAUUUCUGAGGCGCCUUGUAAGGGUUUAUGUUCAAGUUAUCACAAGGCAGAAUCAUUAUUAGCCUUAGUACUAGAUGAUUUGUCCAUUCCAUGU